AUGGGCCUGCCGAGUGCCGUGCAGGCGUUCCCCAUGGCGGCCCUGGGCUGUUGGGCACCGGGGGCGGUGGCCUUCUACCUCCCGGGACUGGCGCCGGUGAACUACUGCAAGGGUGACGCCACCACCUCCCAGUGCCAGUCGAACGUCAGCCUGUACGUGAACCGGCUGACGUCGGACGAGUCGGUGCUGCCGUACGAGUACCACCACUUCGACUUCUGCAGAACCAAGGAGCCGGUGUCGCCGGUUGAGAACCUCGGGCAGGUCGUCUUCGGCGAGCGCAUUCGCUUGUCGCCCUACAAGAUCCGCUUCUUGGAGAACCAGACUUGCGUGCCCCUGUGCAGCAAGACGUACAGCAUCGACGACCCCGCCUCCAUGAAGAGGCUGGAGAAGCUCAAGAAGGGCAUGAGCAAGCACUACAUGCACCACUGGAUCGUGGACAACAUGCCGGUGACGUGGUGCCACUCGACGAGCGAGCUGAGCGGCCAGACGUGCAGUAUGGGCUUCCCCAUGGGCUGCUAUACGUUUCGCAACAGCGUGCCCCGAGGAAUAUGCGGAGUCUACUCUGCGUACUCCAAGCCAGAGACGUUCUACCUGUUCAACCACGUGGACCUGACCAUCUCGUACCAUAAGAGCGAGAAGGAGUCCUGGGGAAGCUCCUUCAUCGAGGAAGGAGGCCGCAUCAUCUCCGUCAAGGUGCAACCACGGAGCAUCGCGCACAAGAAGCGCCCGAACUGCGACUCUGGCGAACCUCUGGCGCUGAGCUCAGGCGAGAUGAAAGACACGUUUACCGUACAGUACACGUACAGCGUCACCUUUGUGAGGAACGACCAGAUCCGGUGGUCAUCCCGUUGGGACUACAUCCUGGAGUCCAUGCCGCAUUCCGAUAUUCACUGGUUCAGCAUCUUGAACAGCGUGGUGAUCGUGCUAUUCCUCACCGGCAUGGUGGGCAUGAUCCUGGUGCGCACCCUGCACAGGGACAUCGCACGGUACAACGAACGCGUCUCAGGGGAGGACGCCCAGGAGGAGUACGGCUGGAAGCUGGUGCACGGGGACGUGUUUAGGACGCCAGAAAAGAGCCUGCUUCUCUCGGUGUUCGUGGGCAGUGGCGUCCAGAUCUUCUUCAUGACCUUCAUUACCCUGCUGUUCGCCUGUUUUGGCUUCCUGUCGCCGGCAAACCGUGGAGCCCUGAUGACAUGUGCUAUGGUGCUGUUCGUGUGCCUCGGUACUCCGGCGGGAUACGUAUCGGCGGUUUUGUACAAAACUUUCGGCCAGUUCAGAUGGAGGCUGAACAUGCUAAUGACGGCGCUCGUGUGUCCCGGCGUCGUGUUCAGCGUCUUCUUCGUGCUGAACCUGCUGCUUUGGUCGAAGGAGAGCUCAGCUGCCAUCCCGUUCACCACCCUGAUUGCGUUGCUCGCGCUCUGGUUUGGCAUCUCGCUGCCCCUGUGCUUUGUAGGUGGCUACUUUGGCUUCAAGCGAAAGGCGAUCGAGUAUCCAGUGAGGACAAACCAGAUACCAAGGCAAAUCCCGGCUUACACCAUGUACACAGACCCCUUCCCGGCAAUUUGCAUGGGCGGCGUGCUGCCCUUCGGAUGCAUCUUCAUACAGCUGUUCUUCAUCCUCAACUCCAUCUGGUCCAACCAGAUGUACUACAUGUUCGGGCUUCUCUUCCUGGUCUUUAUCAUCCUCAUCAUCACAUGUUCCGAGACCACGGUGUUGCUCUGCUACUUCCACCUCUGCAGUGAGGACUACCACUGGUGGUGGCGCUCCUUCCUGACGAGCGGCAGCUCGGCGCUGUAUUUGUUCUUAUACUGCAUCCACUACUUCAUGCGCCUGAGCAUCUCGGGCGCCACGUCCACUUUCCUCUACUUCGGAUACACCUUCAUCAUCGUAUUCCUCUUCUUCCUGCUCACCGGAACUGUGGGAUUCAUUUCUUGCUUCAUGUUCGUCCACAAGAUCUACGGUGUCGUCAAGGUCGACUAA